CAAAGUGUCUAUGGAGUGUCUGUCUGACUUUAGGAGUGCAGAGUGUACAGAGUGGGUGGUAUUUGGCCUUGUGUGAUGGUUUGUGGUGUAUGUCGUUGGUGGGCAUGUUUGAUCAGUAGAUUCGGCGUCAAACUGGAAAUGAGAAUCGAGUUGCAGGGAUGCCUUUGGCGACCAGUUCGCCUUCUCAGCUAAGUCAGUUGAGAUUGGCUACAGGCUACAGCUGGACCGCGACCCUGAUGAGGACAAGCACGGCUCCAGCUUUCCUGUCACUCUUUGUAGUGACAUCAGGGGUGAGGCAAAGAGAGCAAUGACACUCUGUACCAGCUGAGUGAAAGGAGGGAUUUUGAAGGUUGGAGGACGAGCCACCAGACCUACUGCUGUUACCGCCGGAGGUGGUUGUGGUGCUGCGUUUGGCGUGGACUUUCGCACAUCGCGGCAAUACGGAAGCACAGCCCGGUCAGCCCUCCCCACGCCCGUCAUCCUCCACACUCGACAGUAGAGGAGAGAGGCAGUGCGUAAGGAGUGUCAAGCCAGCGUGGAGGGGGAGUAGAGCGGAGUGGCGGGUUCCACUCUGACCAUGCCAGUGUGGGGAGGAAGGCUGCCUCUCUGCCUGUGGAGCCACAGUACUGCGCUGCUACUGCUACUACUCGGACUGUUCUCUCUAAACACGCCAGUGCACGGCAACAUCUUGGAUAGCAUGCUGCUGCGAGCGUCCAGUCGAGAGGCGGGGGCGGAUGGCGGGAAGGAGAACGGCGGAGGCGCGUCCACAGCGUCCCCGUCGCAGCGACUACUUUGGUGCCACUGCUACCACCAUUGUCCUGAUGACUCCACGAACAACACAUGCAGAACUGAUGGCUACUGUUUCACCAUGGUGGAGGAAGAAGCGGGUGUUCCAGUCUUGACUGCAGGAUGUCUGGGGCUGGUCGGGUCGGAGUUUCAGUGCCGAGACACAGGGAACCUGCGUCAGAGGAGGUCAAUUGAAUGCUGCACAGAUCAAGAUUACUGCAAUCGAAACCUUCAUCCUACACUGCCGCCUCUCAAGCCGCCUCUAUAUGUUGACGGGAAGGUCCACCACUUGGCCCUGUUGCUUUCCAUCACAGUUUGCAGCAUUGUUCUGGUUUUUAUCAUUGUCUUCUGCUACUUUAGGUAUAAGUGUCAGCUGUCCCGUCCCCGCUACACCAUCGGCCUUGGGCAGGAUGAGACCUACAUUCCUCCCGGAGAGUCCCUGAAGGACUUGAUAGAGCAGUCGCAGAGCUCUGGUUCAGGCUCAGGGCUCCCUCUGUUGGUGCAGAGGACGAUCGCUAAGCAGAUCCAGAUGGUGAAGCAGAUCGGCAAAGGCCGCUACGGUGAGGUGUGGAUGGGCCGCUGGCGAGGAGAGAAAGUGGCAGUAAAAGUCUUCUUCACCACCGAGGAGGCCAGCUGGUUCCGGGAGACCGAGAUUUACCAGACGGUCCUCAUGAGACACGAAAACAUACUGGGAUUCAUCGCAGCGGACAUCAAAGGCACGGGCUCGUGGACGCAGCUGUACCUGAUUACCGACUACCACGAGAGCGGCUCGCUGUAUGACUAUCUCAAGUCCACCACGCUGGACUGCAAAGCCAUGCUACGGCUGGCCUACUCGUCCGUGUCGGGCAUGUGCCACCUCCACACGGAGAUCUUCGGCACGCAGGGCAAGCCUGCCAUCGCCCACAGAGACCUGAAGAGCAAGAACAUCCUGGUCAAGAGGAACGGGACGUGCUGCAUCGCCGACCUGGGUCUCGCCGUCAAGUUCAUCAGCGACACCAACGAGGUGGACAUCCCGCCCAACACCCGAGUGGGCACCAAGCGCUACAUGGCGCCUGAAGUUCUGGACGAGACCCUCAACAGGAGCCACUUCCAGUCGUACAUCAUGGCCGACAUGUAUAGCUUCGGACUCAUCCUGUGGGAAAUCGCCCGCCGCUGCCUGUCUGGAGGCAUCCUGGAGGAGUACCAGCUGCCCUACCAUGACUUGGUCCCCACCGACCCCUCAUACGAGGACAUGCGAGAGGUGGUCUGCGUCAAGAGACAGCGGCCCUCCUUCCCUAAUCGUUGGACCAGCGAUGAGUGUUUGCGUCAGAUGGGGAAGCUGAUGACAGAGUGCUGGGCUCACAACCCCGCCUGUCGCCUUACAGCCUUGCGGGUGAAAAAGACGCUGUCCAAGAUGUCCGAAUCGCAGGAUAUCAAGUUGUGAGGCUUGCGCUUACUUGUGCGUACGCAGGUAUUAUUUUGGUGCUUUCUGUGAAAGCUAACUUUGCUGCAGUAGAAGAAGAAGCGUCAAUGGUCCCUCGAAAAAGGACCUCACAAGAAGCACGGACUGGCACUAUGUGACAAAGUGGACUGUGAGGCUUUCAAUACUUCUUUUGGUUUUUUUUGCCCUUCAUGCUGGUUACAUUUGUGGCGUGUACAAAUGUUUGACGUUUUCUCCCCGUCAUGGCUUAUGUAUUUUCCAUGUAAAAGCGUUAAUUAAAACUAUUUGUUAGAAUUGAUCUGGUUGGAACCUUCAUUACUGACUUGACUUGCGAGUUUAAUUCACUUGUGGUCGAUGCCCUUCACGCAAUUUACUAGGGUAUCAAAUAUUGAAUCGAAAUGCCAAAAUCCAUCCCAGUCACUGCAAAACCAAAAAGAAAUACAGUGUUUUCAUCAAAUAAUGAUUGUAUGUACUUUAGUAUUCAUGUGUUAGAUGUGUACCUUCUCAUUCAUGUGGCCUAAUGAGUGGCUGGUUAGUUUGUCUGUGAGGGUCUUAACAUGUGCUGUGACCCACAGCAGCUCCCUGUCAGUGUUCUCAUAUUGUGUUUUUAAUAGAGAGUCAACUAUUAAUGAUCAAAUUCAUCAGUAAUGAUCUUUGAUAAUCAAUUCAUGGUUUAGAGGCAUUUUUUUUUACCGUUUUCUUCUUCUUUUCCUUUCGGCUUGUCCCGUUAGGGGUCGCCACAGUGUGUCAUCUUUUUCCAUCUAAGCCUAUCUUGUGCAUCUUCUUCUCUAACACCCACUGUCCUCAUGUCCUCCCUCACAACAUCCAUCAACCUUUUCUUUGGUCUUCCUCUCGCUCUUUUGCCUGGCAGCUCCAUCCUCAGCACCCUUCUACCAAUAUACUCACCUCUGAACAUGUCCAAACCAUCGAAGUCUGCUCUCUCUAACCUUCCUUCUACCAAUAUACUCACCUCUGAACAUGUCCAAACCAUCGAAGUCUGCUCUCUCUAACCUUGUCUCCAAAACAUCCAACUUUGGCUGUUCCUCUAAUGAGCUCGUUUCUAAUCCUAUCCAACCUGUUCACUCCAAGUGAGAACCUCAGCAUCUUCAUUUCUGCUACCUCCAGUUCUGCUUCCCAUUGUUUCUUCAGUGCCACCGUCUCUAAUCCGUACAUCAUGGCCAGGCUCAUUACUGUUUUAUACACUUUGCCCUUCAUCCUAGCAUUUUCCAAAUACUCAGAAUUUCAUUUUGUGACAUGUUAAAGACCAAACCACUGACCAAGCUCUUAAAUCAAGGAAGCACUGUAUUUUUAGGGAAGGGUACUACUCAGAUGUGUGAAAACCGGAGCAGAAGUGGGACGCUUAGCUAUCGAAAUGACGUAAAAAGUUGGACAAACUUCGAGCUUGCAUCAUUGAUAACACACCUCAAAUCAAUGUGAAAGUUAAUACAGAUGGUGUCAGAAGCGGAAUGUUUUGGAGUCAAAAUAUGGAAAGUAAGAAUUGCCUUAUGAAAUUCGAAGUGGACUACUUAGUCCUGAGGUCAUUUGUAAUAUUUGUGUAUUGGUUGUGCAAACUGACACAAAAAAAUGUUCAAAUUGAGUUUAGAGGCAGUAUUCAGAGGUGAAAAUAUGGUGUCUGAAGUUGGACGCACUGGAUUUUCAGCCUACGGUGGUGCCUUGACACAACUUACAAGCAUUUCCAUUUGGCGUUAAGCUUCAUGCUAACAAACAAUUCAAAAUGUCAUAAGCGAGCCAACAAAUGGCACCAGUGCCUUCGCGUUUUAAUCCUUUUGGAAAGAUAUGAGAACACAAACGGUGGAGCAACACAUUUAGACAUUAUGUGCGCAAGGUACACAAACCAGAAAGAGCAUUAAAUUGAAGCAAAAAAUGUGGCAAAAGCUGUUAUUCUUUACACUGUCGUUACUGUAUGUUUUUAUAAAGUACAAUACUAAAGUGUGUCAUUUUCCUUAAAUGACAGAAAUGUUUGGGGUUUUUUUUGGUUGUAGACAGGAAUGGAUUAAUAACACUUUCAUUAAUUUCAAUAGAUUUUGAUUUUGGAUAUGUUUUGAGUUACAAGCAUGUUCUUGGAACAAAUUACAUACGUAUCAGAAGGCACCAAAUGAAGGUUUCCUGUACUGGAACUUGUCAAAUGUGAUAAGUAAUUUCAGAAGAAAGAAGGAAAACAGUUGCGUAGGGGGGAAAAAAAACUGGCUCACGCAAAGUUGUGUUCAGCAUUGCUUAUAAAUAUAAUUUAUUAAUUGUCUUAAAAAUUCUUUCUUACACUUUGUACAGAGAACAACAAGAGAGAAAAAGGGAGGAGGGGGAGUGGGAUGAAAAAGAGGAGGGACAGGCGAAAAGACCUCUUGAAAAGCGUGCUGGAUGCAACCAAAACAGGCACAAGAAUUCAACACGUGUCAAGAAGAAAGAACAAAAAAAGAAAAAUCACCCCUGAUAGUAAAAUGUUACAAGCACAGCGAAUACAUCAAUCAUGACAACCAAUGGUGAAUUUGCAUAGUCGACAAAGAAAUAAAACAAAAUGUACUACUUUCUAACAGCUUUUCUUUCUUUUUUUUUUGUAAGUCUUAAAGUGACAGUACACAAGUGUACACACCAAUGUCAAAUAGAAAACUUGUUUUUUUCUUUUCUUAUUAUUUCUUAUACGAUAACAACACUUCAUUUGUUUCAACAGAGUCCACGUAAAGAGUUCAUCCGGCAGGUAAACUGUCGACUGGCUGAUUUCUUUUGUUUUUCUCCCAAAAUAAUGUCAUUAGGUCGUCGUUGUCAUCGUCGCCAUGGCCUUUGGGUUUGAGUUUGCGUUUGAAACGCACCCUGUCCCCCUUUUGAAUGAGCACUUACAUCAGGAAACAUUCACAACAACAACAAACUUUUGAGCAGCCCCAAAAGAAAAACAUGUUAAAAAAAAUCAUUCAAAUUUAAAGAUGUUUUGAAAAUAAUUCACUUUUUAAAUUUUUUUAGUGCCGACAAAAAAAGAAUCCUAAAGAGCUUAAGAAAGACUCUUUCGAAAUUAUGGAUGGACACCCAUUUUAAAUUAACAAUAUUUUUGGAAUACUACUUCCUUUUUAUCCAAUUUGGGGUGCCAAAUAAUAAUAAUAAUAAAAAAAUAAGUUAGCCUUUUUUUAACCAAUUGUUAAAAUUGGUUGAAAAAAGAUCUUGUUUUUUUUGGUAAAAAUAUAUUUAUUUAAAAGAAAAAACAUUAUUCAAAUUAUGGAUGUUUUCACAAUUAAUAUAGUCUGUGGUAAGAUUUUUAGCAUCAGAAGAAUAUUUUCAUAAAUACAAAUACAAAGGUUUGCUUGAAAUGACUUCAAAUAUUUUGAUUCAUUAGGUCAUGAAAAAAACAUCUAAAUGAAAAAAAAACAAGCAGUUUUUACUCAUUCAAAAAACAAAUAAAAAUGGGAAAGUCAAAUUAAAUAAAUAAAUAAAAUGUUUGAUUGGAUUAAUUAUUUCUAAUAAUACUAAAUAAAAAAAAUAAAUCUAAAUUAUGGCCAACCAUUCAGAAGACAGAAUAAUUUUAGAAUAUUACAUCUUUCCCACCACCUCAGUUGAAGGGCUAACAUAAAAAAAAGCAUGCUUUCAUUAAUUAAAUGAUACAAUUUGCUUUCUUAUGCAAAAAAUGUUAAUAUGGGAAUUACAAAAGGGUUGAUUUGAAUCAUUUUUUUGAAAUAUUUCACUUUUUAAAGGUAAUAAAAGGUCAAAGAAGAGAACAAUGCAUCCUUUUGUCCCCCUCAAACAUUUUGAGUGCCAACCUAAAACUGAAAAUAAAUGUUUGCUUUGAUGAUAGGCCCAAUUAUCUUGUUUGUUUUUACUAAUUUUUUUCCAACUUUAUGAACAACUUGGAUCAAAAUGAAG